AUGCAGACAACGUUGGACAGGUUGCAUUCCGUGGCGAAUCCACUAAACGAUGGUCAGGAGCCCACUGAAUUAUUGCCUAAUCAAGAUGUUGAGCCAAAACAAAUGAAGCAAAAUGGUGUUAGUCUUGAGUUUAGAAGGGUUGUCCAAGAGGAAACUGAACAAUUUAUGUUACAGAGCAGUUCUCAACGGGCUGUAGUCACUGAGACCCAAUGGUAUCUAAGGCUUGUCGAUGAAAUUCCUGUUCCGUUCAGUUGGAGAGAAAAUGUUCUGCAAUGGCGAUCGACUAUUGACAAUGUUGAUAGAAUUAUUGUUGAUGAUACUAAUAAUGAUUGUCCUGUUCCUGCAAAAAUUCUCAAAAGAAGUGACUCAAUGAUGGAAAAUAUGGAAGAAAUCCGUGCUCAAACACCACCAAAAAGCAGCAAAACUUCUCGGAAAAAAUCACAAGGUAGGCGAAGUUCUUUGAGACUUUUGGCUAGAAAAAAUGGAGAUAACGAUGUAGAACUAAUUACUUUAAUUUAA